AUGGCCUCGGUCGCUUCUCCUACCGCUGCAGCGGGUGUCCAAUCGUUCCCCCAGCACCUCGACAUGCCCACCUGCAACGCCAAACCGCACAUCAAGAAGAGGUCCAAGAGGAAGCAUGAGAGCCUCUCGAGCUCUCUGUGCGCUACCCUGGUCAAGCACCAACUAGGUAUUGCAGCAUUCCCAAGCCAGAGACACGACAAGACCAGCGCUGACCUAUACCAGNGCCUGUCCAUCAACGUCCUCAUGCUCCUCGUCUUGACACAUGUCUGCUUCCCUAGCCUCCGCUCCUCGACAAUCCAAUAUUUCACCCUGUCCUACUAUGACGCUCAAACCGGCCUCUACAACCCGGGCUGGCAGGACCUGAAGUUCGUCUCGCUCUGCAUCAUCGUCUUCACCGCCCUCCGCGCAGCCGCCAUGGAUUACGCCCUUGUCCCAAUGGCCAGAAAGUGUGGCAUCCACAAGAAAAAGGCCACCAUUCGCUUUGCCGAACAAGCCUGGCUAGUCCUGUACUACGCUGCAUUCUGGUUCCUCGGCACAGUGCGUAUUUCCACAAGACUACCAUGCUCCGUGCUGCGACAGCUAACACACAAACCAGNNUAUCUUGUAUACGAAUCCCCAUACUUCAACAACCUACCCGCAAUGUGGACUGGCUUCCCAACACGCUCCAUGACUGGUCUCUUCAAGCUGUACUACCUGGCUCAAUUCGGUUUCUGGUUGCAGCAAAUCAUGGUUAUCAAUAUCGAGGAGCGCAGAAAAGAUCAUUGGCAGAUGUUCACCCACCACAUCAUUACAUGCCUGCUCCUGAUUGGCAGUUACGGCUACUACCAGACUAAGGUCGGCAAUGUCAUCUUGUGUCUGAUGGAUGUGGUCGAUUUGGUGUUCCCUAUUGCGAAGUUGCUCAAGUACAUGGGCAUGCAGACCGCUUGCGACAUUGCUUUCGGCGUCUUUAUGCUUUCCUGGUUCGUCGCCAGACACGUCUUCUACCUCGCCGUUUGCUGGUCCCUUUACGCCGAUGUCCCCGUCGAGAUGCCCUACGGCUGCUACAACGCUGUGACUGGUGUCAAAACUUCCGAGAAUGGCGGCAGCGAAGUUCUCUCGAAUGUUCUGCACGCUUACACCAGCGGCAAUGGCGAUGUGUGCUUCAACGAGAAGAUUCACUACGGUUUCCUGGGUCUGCUUCUCGCUCUCCAGGUCAUUACAAUCAUCUGGUUCGGCAUGAUCUGCCGUGUCGCGUACCGUGUGGUUCUGGGCAAGGGAGCCGACGACACUCGUUCCGAUGAUGAGGAAGAAGAGGAAGAGGAGGAAGAUACCCUGGAGACUGUGAGAGAUUUCUCUACAAAGGAGCCCGAGCUGCGAUUGGCACCUCAAGAGGAGGAGGUUGGCGUCGAGAGCCUACGAUUCACACGCCGACCCAGCCCAGCGGCCAAGCGAACCUCGGAGAAGAGCCGCGCCAGCGGCAUCAGCAUACCCGGCAACCACAAGGACUUGCUGGGCCGCAUUGGCUGCGACAAGCCAGCUGGCGGGUCUUGA